AACACCGAUCCGAAGAAUCUACAGGCAGCACAGAACAGCAAAAGUAAAACUUCAUCAAGCACGGCAUAUGGUCACACACCAGCCGUUCUGGGUCUGCACGGCUGGCACCCACCACAAGCUCACAUGUUCGUUUCGUCACCAGCUUCUGUGAGCAGCUUCUCAACCAUCACUCAUCCAUCGCGGGCCAACACAUCUUCCACGAAGGCCUCCGGUCUGAACAGGCCUAUUGUCGGCUCUCCCGAAACACGUUUGUUGAACAGAACGUCAGCCUCUCCUCUGAAGGUUCGCAAGACACGCGAGAAUCUACGGACUGGAUUCGUCGAUGACGCUGCGUCUACACGCGAACAUCCCGUACACGAUUUUGCCCAAAGCAAACCUACUAGUGUCCAGCCGCUUCGUGAAAUUCAGAACACUGUCUACGAUGAAGCUUCCAGGCCUUCAUCGAGGAAUGAUCGCUUCAGUUGGGAGUCUGAUCACCUUACGACACUCAUUGAGCGUUCUCCUACCAAGCACACUUCAUCUCAGUCUAAGAAGCAAGAGUCGAAGUUCGCCCCUUCACUGUCUCGCAAACUUUCUGUGCGCAAGAGAGUGGUCUCGAGAGUCCGAGAAGGCCUUCUGAAUCGUUCCAAAAGUUCUUCUAAAGUUCCGGUCAAAGUUAACGACGAUGUCGUCGCCAUCAGUCGAUCUGCUUCAGAGCAUGAAAGAUUCGUACAGAUUAUGCCUGGACAUCAUUCUGAAGACCUUGAAGGAAGUAUAAAUGCCGCGCAUACUCUGGCUUCUGGCUCAGUGCAGAGCCUUGUCUCAACAGAUUCACCUCUGGGAGAUAUCGGCCCGACGACAGACAUCUUGCCUGCCUCUAACAUUGAUAUCAAAAGCGUUUUGCCUGGAAGUGAUGGCAGUUACCCAAGCCCAUCACAAGAAGUCAAGUCAAGCCCUUCACCGUCACCAGAAAAGACUCCCCGCCCGAAAAGAUUCGCUCGGUUGUCUCAGACUCACGGUGAAACCAUACCAAGGCCUCUCUCAAUGCUCCACGUCAAUCUUUCCGUUAUGCCUGCAUGUGAAACUAUGGACUUGGCCGAUGAAGCGACUAUGUGGACUAUGAUCAAGGCUGAAGCAAGCGUCUCUAGCGGUUCAUCACCCACCGGAGGCAUGAGCGACGUGCGCCGCUCGGCUUCUCCUGAGCAUAUCUCUAAGAUCCAGAAGCCUCUCACUCUUAUUGUUAUUAUUGACAACUCUUUGUUACGGGAUCACCGUGAUCGUCUGGCAGUUUUCUGUACAUCCUGCUCCCACGAAUCGCAAUGCUCUGAUACCAAGUCAGGCUGUCAGCUUCAUGCUCUGCAGAAACCGGAUGCAUCGUCACUCUCGAAUCAAGUGGCAAAGCUAGACUCUAGCAAGGCAACGUCACAGUACUCGGCCGCAAGGUUAUCUGACAUGAUUCAGGAAGCUCUAGCGUCAGUGAUCGAUAUAGAAGAGGAUUUGGAUGUCACACUCACACAUGCAAUUGUGUUGUCCCCGCUUCCGCACAGAUGUGCAUCAAUCCUUCGCGAGUAUGUGUCGUGGCCAAUUCAUCAAGUCCAAGUCGGCUAUGCCUACGAAUCGCCCUCUCGCGAACAAGUCACAACAGGUGGCUGGUGCUUUGCCUGGGAAGAAGCUCCCAACACCGUUCUCCAGGCUCUUGUCCAAUCAGCGCGUGAAACAUAUCACUUCCAAGAACUUUCACACGUCAGAGUGUCUAUCAACUCGACCGAGCCAUGUCGCGUGGAAAAGCUCCUCACGCCUCCCCGGAAGGCGACACUACAUCCGGGUCAAUGCACUACGCUAUUCGCGAAGGUCCGCAUUCCUGCGGUCGAUCAUCAGCGAAGUGCAGAUCCAGCCUCGGUUGAGGGUCUCUUAAGUGAGCUUCACAAGACACUGGGUAUAGUCAAGAGUGAGUUGUUCAAGGCGGAUGUGCGAUACAGACACUCUCUUCUCCCACGCGACACAGAACUGCGGACUGAGCAGACAUGCGAGUUGAUCCGCACGAACAGAAACAGCCAAUGGGGUGCAACCCAUGAAGAGGAAGACAAGGGUCGCGUGGAUGUUGAGUUAGAGAAAGCUAAAUUUGCUGCAAGAAACUAUCCCCCGGAUGUUGCAAUCAGGAUCUUGCACAAGAAGUUUGGCAAGUUUUGGUCCGGAAAUGACGGGCCACCAGUCUUGCGUCGAUUGCGUGAAGAACUUGAAUUCCAAAAAGAAGUGUCUAUGGAGAUGUCCAAUGUUGUAGUACAGUCGUCUACAACAGCCACACAGCAUCAAGACUCGAAGAGCACGCACCGAACCACGUUGCAUUUUGCCGAUACCGAGGCUCUGCAGGUCUUCAACACAGCCCCAUCGACACCAACACCCGAAGAAGGCAAUCCAAACAUAGGAAUGCCUGUCGAUGAACAUCACUCCGACGGACAGAGGCCGGACAGUCUCGUGAUACAAGAUGAAGCUCGGCGGAUCUGGCGGCACAUGCGACGCAACAGCCGGACUACGUCAGGAACUUCAAGCGCACCCAAUGCAAGUAGCCGUACUUGCUCAGGUGCACCACAGCAGGAACAAAACCUCCAGAGGCGCGGAUCACAGGAGAGUAUUGUAGACCGGAUGGCUGCGGCAGACACCCGGAUCAACGAGAUUCGCCUCAAAGCAAUCCAGAACAAGCGCAGUGUCGGUGCCGAGACGUUGCGAGAAUUCAGCAUAAUGCAUCAACAGGAUAAUGGAGGACCAGAUGACCUGCGAGACGAGGCUUGCAUGCCUUGGCUGUGA